AUGGCUAUUGUUCUACGAGACUACCUUGAUGAGAUGUCUUCUCGCCAUCCAUCUUUACGGAGCUCUCUUCACAGAAUCCCCGCUAAAUCCAUUACUACAGACUCCAGAGACCCCGACGGCGAUUCCGAGAUGGCUUCGUCCAUUGACUCGGCUUCCGAUACUGCUGGCCACGGCACUCGAACUCCAACAAACCCACAAGCCUCUGCAGCUAUCGUGUCAGAACUCUCCCCUCCCGGCUCGCAACCACAACACAUCUCAGACAACACAAACCAGUCGCAACUGGAUGAUAUCGAGCCGGUUCCAACAGAGAUCGCCACUGAUGCAUCUGAACAGCCUGUCGGCUCGUGGAUAAGCAAGCGCGCUCAGGAGGAUUAUCAGCGAGCGAUGGAAAAUGUAAUCCACAAGGACUUUACACUCGGUAAGUCGGUAGCUGCGAGCUGGUAA